AGCCUCCGUCCAAUGUUUUGAUUUCGCAAUCCACGCGUGCAAACCCACUAAAGUAGAAUUGCACUGGAUCAUAGUAUUCCGGUCGACACCAUGACGGCCCCAAAAAAGAAUCGAGUCGGCUCGCCGCAUGAAAAAAGAAGAACACCGUGUAAUCAAUACAUCACAUUCACAUGAUAGCUUGUUACUACUCCUCGCAUCUUGCAUGCUACUCCUCGCGUCAUACACAUAUGACAGCAAUGUCGUAAAAGGGGAAGAACUAGCCGAAAUGUCUCCUUUAGUGAAAGGAAAACGCUUUGCGGACCGAAUUGGAACGAACGGGUGCGCAAUCUUUGGGUCAGCCUGCGCCGUAAAUCGCACGUGGGGGAGAAAGUCCUGUCCACGAGUGCAAUACAAAAACCCCGGCCCCCUCACCCUGCAACCCCUCAAGUGUUCUUUUCAGGUUCAUCAACGAGGGGACGGGGUAGUUACCAAGUGGUCAACCCACGACUUACCUCUCAGAGUGUAAACACUCGUCAUCGGAGUCUAGGGAUCACGGGGGGCCCAUUCCUAC